AUUGAAAUGUACCGCGCCAAAGAAGAGCUGACGGACGAUCUCAUGCUGCAAGAUGUGGCCCUUAUCUAUUGCUGGAGGGGGGACCAGCCGUUGAACAUCCUCUACACGGUGACAGAUGCCCCGCCCCCCUGUCCGAAGACCGAGCCUGUGAAAGAGUCAAAGGCCACGCCCACAAACGUCCCCUCGGGCCCGCCCCCUCCACGAGUCACGUGCACCACCACGGUGGUCCUGCCCGGGGGUCACGGGGUCACUCCGGUCGUCAUCAAGGACAUAGCACAGGUCAAAGAUCACGACAUGAAGCCCGCCCUCUCGGCAGGCCACACCCCCUCGUCAGGCCACGCCCCCUCGCCAGGCCACGCCCCCUCGACAGACCACACCAUUUCGUCAGGCCACACCCCCUUAACAGACCACGCCCCCAAAGCGCCGGGUUUCGUCAAUCCAAAAGCCACCCCAAAGGAAAAUCCCAGUUCCAAACUUGGGCGGCAGACUGCACCAGGGGAGACCGUGUGUGGGACAAACCAGGGGACGUCUGCGCGGUUCUCCGACGCUGCUUCUGCCUGUGUGCCCAAGACCGGAUCUGAUGUCCGGCCCACUUCUGAUGUCCGGCCCACUUCUGAUGUCCGGCCCAGUUCUGAUGUCCGGCCCACUUCUGAUGUCCGGCCCAGUUCUGAUGUCCGGCCCAAAGUGAUAACAGCCAAGGAGGUCCAGAAACUGUCGGCUACCGUCAAACCAAGGGUAACGUCUCUCUCUCCUGGCCUGGUCCCGUCGUACGGCUCGAACCCCAGCCUUCUGGUGGUGCCUGUGGCUCCCAGCUCUGCCCCCGCUGGACGCGUGUUGGAGGCCAGGCAGACGUCGGUGGGCAAAGUGGCGCCCUUCCUGGCCCGGCCGGGGGUCAGCGCUGGCCUCUCGCAGCGCCACAAGGAUGUAUCGGCAGUGGAAAACAACGUGGUUUUGGGGAGAACAGUUCUGGGGAAAAGUGUCCCUUCAGGGGGUUCUCAGACCACACGCCCCACAAAUCCCACACACCCCACACACACAACCCUACCCACACACACAUCCCACCCCACACACCCCACACACACAACCCACCCUGGAGUGUACCAUUCUGGAAAUGUCUGUCUUCAAGUGCCGGGGUUCAGUUCUGAAGGUCGCGUUUCAUUGGACAAGUCGAGCAGUUCUGAAGGUCGAGUUUCAUUGGAUAAGCCAGGCAGUUCCGAAGGUCGCGUUUCAUUGGAUAAGCCAGGCAGUUCUGGGCCCGAGUGUGUGUCUGCGAGUUCUUUGUGCACGGGCCAUGAUAGGAGCAACUGCAAAACGCUGGAGGUCGGUGGGAUUACUUUCUCGGAAAAGCCAAAUUUGUCAGAAAAAACGAAUUUCCGUGAUGCAGUGUCUUCUGCUCUCUCUUCUCGUGUGGUGGUCUUGCCUGGCACAUCUGUCCAUAAAGGCGUGUCCACUCCUGCCCAUAAGGGCGUGUCCACUCCUGUCCAUAAGGGCGUGUCCACUCCUGCCCAUAAGGGCGUGUCCACUCCCACCCAUAAGGGCGUGUCCACUCCUGCCCAUAAAGGUGUGUCCACUCCUGUCCAUAAAGGCGUGUCCACUCCUGCCCAUAAGGGUGUGUCCACGUCCAGCCUAGCGAGAACAUCUUCGGUGGUUUCCCGCGGCCCGCCUCCCGUCGCUGUCACUCACCCGACCACUGAAGCUUCCGGAACUACUAUCUCUCCGGCUCACAGACAGUCGAACAAACACACUGGCGCACACAACUCUGCCGUGUCAACUCACACCUCAAGUCCGGUACCCACGUCAUCAUUGUUGUCUGCGACACCAUCAUCAUCAUCAUCAUCAUCAUCAUCAUCGCCAUUGUUGAGUAGGACGUCUUUUCCAUCCCAGAGCCCCCUUGCCGCACAUCCAUCUGGCGUGACCUUGACCCCUGUGUGCUCGGUGACCUCUGUGGUCACAGGGUCACACAACAAGAGGCAGGCCUCGCGGGCGGAGUCGACCACACAGGACCGUACAGCCGGACAGAAACUUCUGGAAAGUCGUCACAGGUCCAAACCUUUGACGUCAGCCGCCAGACCUGUGACGUCAGCCCCCAGACCUGCGACGUCAGCCCCCAGACCUGCGACGUCAGCCCCCAGACCUGCGACGUCAGCCCCCAGACCUGCGACGUCAGCCCCCAGACCUGAGACGUCAGCCCCCAGACCUGCGACGUCAGUGGCGGGUGCCGUCCGAGCGGCUAGCAGUCCUGACGUCAACACUCUGGUCCACAGUGUACAGUCCAUCCUGCGGAAAUCCUCCAAGAAACACCAGCCGCAGCCGACAGCCCCAGGGACACCCGCCAAACGCCCGGAGAGAAACCCCCCACCCCCUCCCUCCGCCAUGACCCCGCCCCCUCCCUGCCCUGUGACCCCGCCCCCACAGGGCAGUGUGGUGGGCGGAGUCAGCCAGCGGUGGGCGUGUCCUCUGGGCGGAGACAAGCGGUCAAGCGACCAGUGA